AUGCCCCGGGCGACUGCACUCGGGGCCCUUGGGCCGCUGCUGCUGCUGCUGCUGCCGCUGCCCCGCCACGCCGAUGGCCUCGGGGAGCGCUUGGACGCCGCCUCGGACUACUCGGCGCUGGAAGGCGAGGAGAGCGCGGAGCAGCAGCUGGAGCAUUACCACGACCCGUGCAAAGCCGCUGUCUUUUGGGGAGACAUUGCCCUAGAUGAAGAAGACCUGAAGUUAUUUCAUAUCGACAAGACACAAGACUGGAUCAAGCAGUCAGUGGCAGAAACGGGGCAUCACACAGGUGGACUUGAGGAACAAUCAUUCGAGAGCUGGUCGAAUGCUACAGCCACAAAUACCAGCAGCAAGGAAGCUGGAAAGGAUGGCACGGAGAACGUCAUGCUUCCGCAGAACCCUGGGACCUCGAAUGCUGGAGCUGAGACCUUCUCUUCCCGGGUCCGAAGAGCCACAACCUCAAGGACAGAGAGGAUAUGGCCCGGAGGGGUCAUCCCAUAUGUCAUUGGAGGGAACUUCACUGGAAGCCAGAGGGCCAUUUUUAAGCAGGCUAUGAGACACUGGGAGAAGCACACCUGUGUGACCUUCAUAGAGAGGACGGAUGAAGAAAGCUUUAUUGUGUUCAGUUACAGAACCUGUGGCUGUUGCUCCUAUGUUGGGCGCCGAGGAGGAGGCCCACAGGCCAUAUCCAUUGGGAAAAACUGUGACAAGUUUGGCAUUGUGGCUCACGAGCUGGGCCACGUGGUUGGAUUCUGGCAUGAACACACCCGGCCAGACAGAGAUCAGCAUGUCACCAUCAUCAGAGAAAAUAUCCAGCCAGGUCAGGAGUAUAAUUUCUUAAAAAUGGAAGCUGGGGAAGUGAGCUCUCUGGGAGAGACGUACGACUUUGACAGCAUCAUGCACUACGCCCGGAACACCUUCUCAAGAGGAGUUUUCUUAGACACCAUCCUCCCCCGUCGAGACGACAAUGGCGUCAGACCAACCAUUGGCCAGCGUGUGCGGCUCAGUCAAGGAGACAUAGCUCAAGCCAGGAAGCUGUACAAAUGCCCAGCAUGUGGGGAGACUCUGCAGGACACAACGGGAAACUUUUCUGCACCUGGUUUUCCAAACGGCUAUCCUUCUUAUUCCCAUUGCGUCUGGAGGAUAUCGGUCACUCCAGGGGAAAAGAUCAUCUUAAACUUCACAUCCAUGGAUUUGUUUAAAAGCCGCCUGUGCUGGUACGACUACGUGGAGGUCCGGGAUGGGUAUUGGAGAAAAGCCCCCCUGUUGGGUAGGUUUUGUGGCGAUAAAGCCCCAGAGCCCCUUGUCUCCACCGACAGCCGACUCUGGGUGGAGUUCCGGAGCAGCAGCAACAUCCUGGGCAAGGGUUUCUUCGCGGUGUAUGAAGCUACCUGCGGGGGAGACAUUAACAAAGACGCUGGCCAGAUUCAAUCUCCCAACUACCCCGAUGACUACAGACCUUCCAAGGAGUGUGUUUGGAGGAUUACGGUUUCAGAGGGGUUUCAUGUGGGGCUCACCUUCCAAGUUUUUGAGAUCGAAAGGCAUGACAGCUGUGCAUAUGACUACCUGGAAAUCCGCGAUGGCCCCACAGAAGAGAGCGCCCUGAUUGGCCACUUUUGUGGCUAUGAGAAACCAGAGGAUGUGAAGUCGAGCUCUAACAGAAUGUGGAUGAAGUUUGUGUCCGAUGGCUCCAUCAAUAAAGCAGGCUUUGCAGCCAAUUUUUUCAAGGAGGUGGAUGAGUGCUCCUGGCCAGACCGCGGCGGGUGUGAGCAGCGCUGCGUGAACACUCUGGGCAGCUACAAGUGUGCGUGCGACCCUGGCUACGAGCUGGCUGCCGAUAAGAAGACUUGUGAAGUGGCCUGUGGCGGCUUCAUUACCAAGCUGAACGGAACCAUCACCAGCCCCGGGUGGCCGAAGGACUACCCUCCCAACAAAAACUGUGUCUGGCAGGUGGUGGCCCCUGCUCAGUACCAGAUCUCCUUUCAGUUUGAAGUGUUUGAACUGGAAGGCAAUGAUGUCUGUAAGUACGACUUCGUGGAGGUGCGCAGUGGCCUGUCCCCCGACGCCAGGCUGCACGGCAGGUUUUGCGGCGCUGAGACACCCGAGGUCAUUACCUCGCAGAGCAACAACAUGCGCGUGGAGUUCAAGUCAGACAACACGGUCUCCAAACGUGGCUUCCGGGCCCACUUCUUCUCAGACAAGGAUGAGUGUGCCAAGGACAACGGCUGGUGCCAGCACGAGUGCGUCAACACGUUCGGGAGCUACCUGUGCCGGUGCAGGAACGGCUACCGGCUCCACGAGAACGGACACGAUUGUAAAGAGGCUGGCUGUGUGCACAAGAUCAGCAGUGCGGAGGGGACCCUGGCAAGCCCCAACUGGCCUGACAAGUACCCCAGCCGGCGGGAGUGCACCUGGAACAUCUCUUCAACCGCAGGCCACAGGGUGAAACUUACGUUUAAUGAGUUUGAGAUCGAGCAGCACCAGGAAUGUGCCUACGACCACCUGGAAGUGUACGACGGACCCGACAGCCUGGCCCCCAUCCUUGGCCGCUUCUGUGGCAGCAAGAAGCCAGACCCCGUGGUGGCUUCGGGCAGCAGCUUGUUUCUGAGGUUUUAUUCAGAUGCCUCGGUGCAGAGGAGAGGCUUCCAGGCCGAGCACAGCACAGAGUGCGGGGGCAGGCUGAAGGCCGAAGUGCAGACCAAAGAGCUCUAUUCCCAUGCCCAGUUUGGGGACAACAACUACCCGAGUCAGGCCAGCUGUGACUGGGUGAUUGUGGCGGAGGACGGCUACGGCGUGGAGCUGAUAUUCCGGACGUUUGAGGUCGAGGAGGAGGCCGACUGUGGCUACGACUACAUGGAGGCCUAUGACGGCUACGACAGCACCGCGCCCAGGCUCGGCCGCUUCUGUGGCUCUGGGCCAUUGGAAGAAAUCUACUCCGCAGGGGAUUCUCUGAUGAUUCGGUUCCACACGGACGAUACCAUCAACAAGAAAGGCUUCCAGGCCCGGUACACCAGCACCAAGUUCCAGGAUGCCCUGCACAUGAAAAAAUAA